GCGUGCACCAUGCAGCCCCCUCACCUCCUCCUCUUCCUCUUUCUCCCGAUCCUCCUCCCUGGGAUGUGGGCAGACCCAGAGGAGCCACAGGUUAUCCAGUACCUCCUGACUAGCCUCUUCGCCAACAUCAGCUCUGCUGAGGUGUCAUGUGUGGCACUCGUAGGGGACAUAGCCAUCUUUACACUGGAUCCGGCCAACUGGAGCAUCCACUUCCACUGGCCCUGGGUCAGCCAGGCUGCAGCUGAAGAUGAUGGGGAAAAGAUGAUGUCCCAGUACAAAAUUGCUCUGCGCAAUAUGAUCCGAUUUGUGCACGACACAGUUCAGCAGACAAAACAGCACUACCCCUUGGUGGUUCAGCUCCGUGCAGGCUGUGUGCUGUACCCCAAUACGACCAGCCAGGGCUUCCUGAAUGUUGGCUGGGAUGGCAGAGACCUCGUAGCUUUUGAGGUAGAUAAACAGGGCUGGGAGGCCCGGCAGUCAUCCCAGAUGGCAGAGCUGGUCAGCAAGAGCCUCAACAGGCAGAAGUCUGUCAGAAUACUCCUGGAGCACCUUCUCUCUAUCUGGGUAUGCCAGAGCAACUUCCUCACCCUGAAGAGGUAUGGGAAGGAAAUUCUAGAGAGACAAGAGCUGCCUGUGGCCACGGUCUUCGCCCGCACCCCCAGCCUAGACCAGCUGCUGCUUGUUUGCCAUGUCACUGGCUUCUACCCCCGUCCCAUCAGCGUGGCCUGGCUGCGGGAUGGCCAGGAGGUGCCUCCGGGCCCGGCGCUCAACACCAGCACCGUCCUGCCCAACGCUGACCUCACCUACCAGCUCCGCAGCGUCCUGGCCGUGGCCCCCCGUGAUGGGCACAGCUAUGUCUGCCGUGUGCGCCACCACAGCCUGGGCACCCGCAGCCUUCUCAUCCCAUGGGAAAACCACAGUGCAGCUCCAACCAUCAGUAUCACCAUUGCAGUGCUGGUUCUUGUGGCCACAGCAUUUGCUGGGGGUUUUUGGUGGUGGAAGCGCAGGAAAGGUAACGAGGCUACAUGGGAGACCCAGGAAUUCAUCAUUUGAGGCCUUGCUGCCCACACAGCAACAGCUGCUUGCUCUCCGUUCUUACUUCAUGCCCCACCCCUGACCCAUAAGCACCAACACGAUUUUGUUCUGGAAAACAACUGCAUUAAACAGCUAUGAACUUCUUCUGAUACAUAUGGUUCCUGUGUCUCUCACCCUUCUUCCCCCCUCAGGAGCUUUUCUCAGGAAACUCCUCUGUGCACUACAGAUACUCCCUAUUGCAGGCAGAUGCUCUUCCUUUUCCUGGACUCUGGUUGGUCUCGAUCUGGCAUGUCAGGAGAAGCCAGUCCUUUGACAGCCCCUUCCACAUCUCCCCAUGGCCAGUGUCUAUUCCUGACAGGGCAGUCACAACCCAAGGCCAGACCACUGUGGGGUUGCUGAGUGAGAUGUGUGAUGGUGCAGGCCACAAAUCAGGGAUAGGUGGAGAGAUGUGAGCUCUUCACUGGCGAGACAAGGGAAGGGAGGAACUAAGUAACACCCCUGACAUCCCUGACACAUUUUGAGCACACUGAGCUGCUCCAUCUCCAGGGCUGAGCUCACCCUUUAGAUCAGGAUCUCUUCCACUUCUGACUCCUGCCCCCAUGCUUCCUUCCUGUCGCUGUAAAAGCUGGAAAGAUGGGGGA